CUAAAACUAGCUUGGCCCAGUGGAACCUGUCUGAGCGGACACUAUUCAGAAUCUCUCCUUUGACGUAUCCCUGACCCAAUUGAAGAUUUCGUUUUUCCCUCUGAACUGCAUAAGAUACAAUUACCGCGGACUUUCUCUCCAACACCAUAAGUCAGACCCAUGUCCAUCCAUCGAGUAUAACCACCACCACAUAUUGAGAUCGUAUCAAUUUGACCUGCUGCGCCUGUGCGCGAACCUCCGCCGAUCUCCUUUCUUCUUUCCGCCCGCUCAUUCUCCAGCAAUCACAUGCAUGUCGGCCGGGGGCGAACACCUCAAGGAUGAGGGGUCGCGACGACAAGUCGUUCUCGCGGGUGGAAUCGCAGGUCUCUUUUCCCGAUUCUGCAUCGCCCCCCUCGACGUCGUCAAAAUCCGCCUCCAACUGCAAAUCCAUUCGCUCUCCGACCCGAUCUCCCACCAACAUGUCACCGGACCAGUUUACAAAGGCACCUUGUCCACAAUGAAGUCGAUCCUCCGCGAAGAAGGAAUAACAGGCCUCUGGAAAGGCAACAUCCCUGCCGAACUCCUCUAUCUCGCCUACGGCAUCAUUCAAUUCAGCACCUACCGCACGACGACCCAACUGCUCUCGACCGAACUGCCGGAGCGGCUGCCCGCCUCAGCCGAAUCCUUCCUCGCGGGAGCCCUGGCCGGCGGGCUGGCCACGUUCUCGACCUACCCGCUGGAUCUGCUGCGCACGCGGUUCGCCGCGCAGGGGACGGAGCGGGUCUAUACGUCGCUGCUAGCCUCGGUGCGUGAUAUCGGGCGACAUGAGGGGCCGCGCGGGUUCUUUCGGGGGUGUAGCGCGGCUGUCGGCCAGGUCGUGCCGUAUAUGGGUCUGUUCUUCGCGACGUAUGAGGCGCUGCGGCCGGUGCUGGCGACCCUGCCGCAGCAGGUGCCGUAUCUACCGGGGGGCAGUGGGGAUGCGGCGUCCGGCGUGGUCGCGAGCGUGUUGGCCAAGACGGCGAUGUUUCCCCUGGAUCUCGUGCGGAAGCGGUUGCAGGUGCAGGGCCCAACGCGACAAUUGUAUGUGCAUCGGAAUAUCCCCGAGUAUCGCGGCGUCUUCAGUACGAUGGCGUUGAUUGUGCGGACGCAGGGCGUUCCGGGCUUGUACCGCGGAUUGACUGUAAGCUUGUUUAAGGCUGCGCCCGCCAGUGCGGUGACCAUGUGGACGUAUGAGACUUCGUUGCGCUUGCUGCAGGAUAUGGAAAUCGCGGCCGAUUGAGCACGACUGUUUGAGGCAGCGCGUGAUUGAAAUGAAUGGUUGGGGCUUGGUUACGCUAGACUUUGUUUACCCAGUUAGAGCAGCAUCUUGUAAAUUAUUUC